CAACAUCGACGCAGCUGCUGGGAGCCGGGAACUGGGAGGGGUCUUUGCAGGCGCCUCCGCGGUUGUUGGCGUCCUCGGCGCUGCGCUUUGGGAAGAGGGCUCUCCCGUCGGCCACCCAGGGAAGACCACCCGGAUCGCGAGGAGAAGCUCUGCUUAGCGGCGACAAUGCGUGAAUAUAACGAAAACAAGGAGACAUGUGGGACCAUCUGCCUCAAAUAUCUGCUCUUCAUCUUCAACUUCUUUUUUUGGUUGGCAGGUGGCGCUGUGAUGGCAGUAGGCAUCUGGACUCUAAUAGAGAAGAGUGACUACAUCAGCCUCCUGCAGUCCAAUACGUACAUGGCAACAGCCUAUAUCCUGGUCGUGGCAGGAGUCGUCGUCAUGAUCACGGGCAUCUUAGGCUGCUGUGCCACGUUCAGAGAGCAGCGGAACCUGCUGAGAGCGUAUUUUAUAUUGCUGCUGUGCAUCUUCCUCCUUGAAAUAAUCGCUGGAACCCUGGCCUAUAUCUAUUACCGGCAGCUGAGUACGGAGUUGAAACAAAACCUGAAGGACACAAUGACCCAGAAGUACCGAAAGCCGGGCGAAGAAGGUGUGACAAAUGCAGUCGACAAACUGCAGCAAGAGGGUGGCUGCAUCACGAAGCUGGAAAACUUCAUCCAAGAACAUCUGAAGAUUAUUGGAGCGGUAGGAAUCGGCAUUGCUUGUGUACAGAUAUUUGGGAUGAUCUUCACUUGCUGCUUGUACAGGAGCUUGAAAGCAGAACCUUACUAGAAGUCGAAGCCGCCCACGUGCUCCACUCCCGCCACCCCUCCAGCUCACCACCUGUCCUCCGCCUCGCAGCACAAAAACAUCCAGCUCCGCAAGGAAUUUUUGCUGCUUACUGAAAUUUCUCUUGGUGCCUCUGCCAGUUCCCUGGGAUGCGUCAGAGGAAACCCAGGGAUCACUCGGUCUCUUUGUGUGGCCCCCCCAAAGCACGGUAGUUGCAGGGUUUUUUUCCUGCAAAAAACACACCAGCCCAUUAAAAACCAGGCCCACUGUGCCAUCUGAAAGAGAGAUCAUCCAAGCUGUCGAGGGCCCAGUGCCUCCCAUAUUUCCCUCUCGGCUCUUGUAAUCACCAGGGAGGUUCUCUCUGAAGGGAUGACAACUGGCCACGAGAAUGCGUGACGCGUGUGCGGAUCAGGAGCUGAAUCCUCUCCUGCUGUACCCCAGAGGAAAGGGCUGUCGGGACACGCAGGGGUUCUGACGGCAGCUGUAUCCCAUCCAAGAGGGUCACUGUCUUUGCCAAUGGCUGCCCCUGCUUGGGUAUGCUCUCUCCUCUUGCUUGCCUUAUGGAUGGACCAGGUUACCCAUAUCAGCCUGCUGCUUCUUCCACACUGCCCCUGUCUCGAGGCAGCAGGCCCUUCUGAAGACGAGAGAAGUCUAGUGCCUUUCUAACGAAGCAUCGGAGAUCGUCCUGUUCCCUAUUUUGAAUCCGUGGUCUAUUUUUUUUCUUUAAACGUUCGGGCUUUCACUUAAAUUGGGUUUCGCUAUCUAGAAUGCUGUCAAGGGAACUCCAGUUCUGGAAUGGAGCGGGCCUCCUCCGUAGGAAUUUGCCUCCGUCUCAGAAUGGCACUUCCUUUCGUGGGAGGGGAAGUGCAUCGAUAGCUUUGUAUCCGUCUCCAUAGUCUCGUUAACUGUUGGGCAUCGUCUGGCUGAAGGCGAUAGGGGACCCACUGCUUGUUCGCUCUCAUUAAUUUCCGAAGUAUGAGCAAUGAAAAAGAAAGCCCUGAAACAAAUUGAAGAGUUUAGUGUCUCUUUGCAUCUGCAAUUACUCCAUCCCAGUGGCUGUCCUUAGCUGUGGCGUCCAGCACUGGAUUUGCUAACUUGCCCAAUAACAGAGGGGUGCAUCUAAAGAUGGUCAUGGGCCGCUUCCCUUUCUAAGGUAUCCUUAGCUAAGCCUGAGUAUGCCCGUGCUCGUUUCACAGGCUUGUCGAUUGCACUGCUGCCUCCUGUGUCUGAUUUCAAUCAUGGUGAUCCUCCAGGUAACACUUUCUCCCUUUCGUAUAUUUAAAGUAUCAGCUGUAGUAUCUGCCCUGUUGCCACGGCGGAGUAUCCUGCAGGGGUAAGGGCUGAAUCUCAGUACAAGAUCACAUACUUCACAUGCCUUAGGUCUGAAGUUCAAUCACCAGGUAAACGAAUCAAGUGAUAGGAAAGCUGUCUGACUUGAGACGCGCUAAAGAGCUGCUUCUAGACAGUGGCCCCGGGCACACGGCCCGGAUAUCGCGGGGGGGAGGCGUGGCUAAUUGCCCCGGCGCAGUUUGA